GCGGCGACACAAAGCAUGCCGGCGCAAAAAGAGACAGCACAAAGCGGAAUCGUGUGUCGAGCAAACAUGGCGUCGACUAGCAACUGCUGGAAGGCUCCGGAGGUUUACAAACACCACGAACAGCGGAAAGUGUGCAUAUCUCGACCAAAAUAUCGAGAGGGGAGGAAAGCCAGGGCCGUUAAAGUGUACACCGUCAAUUUGGAGUCGUGUUAUGUGAUGGUGCAAGGGGUCCCCGCCAUCGGAGUCAUGACAGAACUCAUCCAGCUGUGCGCCUUGUAUGGAGUCGUGCAGGAGUACAGGCCCUUGGACGAGUACCCCGCCGAAGAGUUCACCGAGGUCUACCUUGUCAAGUUCCAGAAGCUCACAAGCGCCAGAGCUGCCAAGCGAAACAUUGACGAGAAGAGUUUCUACGGCGGCGUGCUGCACGUUUGCUACGUCCCUGAAUACGAGACCGUGGAGGACACCAGGAUGAAGCUUCAGGACCGGAAGCGAUACGUAAUGAGGAUGCUGCACAACAGAGUCCGAGAAAGGGAGCAGGAAGAACCGACGAACCAAGAGCCAGUAGAACCAGAACAACCCGCAGCAGCCGCCAUGCCCGCUCGCUGCCAAACAAGCGGAGGAGAGCGUUGGAACGCGGAUUGGGCCUUUCCGUUGCUGCCGCCACCGCCUCAGGAAUUUCACAACUCCACACACGCAAGCCACUGCGGGACGGCGCCGACGGAGGACAAAAUGGGGACGUUGCACAACGCCGUUGUCGACGCGAAUGAGCCGCCGGCAUCAAAGUCCAGCCGCUUCCGAAAGCCCUCGCGUGAAUCGAGAGGCGCAGGAGUCGCGCUGACCUCCAAUCAGCCGCCCGCCGUCACGUUUGUGCCGAGGACGACGCAUUCGGAGAGCAGGAAACGCAAGACGGAAGAGCCGGCGUCGCGCCCGCCGGCCGAGGUCAUCGGGAAAGAUGCGCCGCUCAUCGGACCGAAACUGGAGGACGCGCCUAAAGUGGACAUGGACGACCACUCGCUGAACGCAACCGUCGACCGGAUCAGGAACACAAUGAAACAGGUGGAAUCUGUUCCCGACUUCAAACCAGUGGAAAAGAAGAUUAAACCACGUCGGCGCAUUUAAUAAUCAAAACGCAACUGUUAAUAAAUUUGUUUCUUUGUACA